AUGACUAUAGAUAACCUUCAGGAUGAUACCAUUCUGAACCAGCAAUCCGGUGGAUCUACAAUUGACCGAAGUGAUUCCAUCUCUGAGAAGGAUAAUGAUGAUAAAAAGAUGGAAGCUGUUGAUGUAACACCUUCAAUGGGGAAUAUUGGUAGCAUUCCACAAACAGACAGCAAAACCUCUUCAAUAAUAGAUAAAAGCACGAUAGUAACAAGUGCUACAGAAGAAGAAGUUCGUGAUGAUGAAAGUGAAGAGGACGAAGAUGAAGAUGAUGACGAUGACGAUGACGAUGACGAUGAUGAACCACCUUCAUUGAAGUAUACGCGAAUUAACCAACUCCCGAAAAACUUUUUUCAGCGAGACUCAAUCUCUUCAUGUUUAUUUGCUGAUAGUUUUUUUGCAUUUGGCACGCAUUCAGGCAUUUUACAUUUAACUACAUGUGCAUUUGAACCCAUCAAAACAAUCAAAUGUCAUAGGUCUUCGAUACUUUGCAUUAAUACUGAUGGAAAGUAUUUCGCUACGGCAUCGAUUGAUGGUACAGUUAUUAUCGGAUCAAUGGAUGAUCCGCAAAAUAUUACACAAUACGAUUUUAAAAGGCCCGUUAAUUCUGUAGCGUUGCACUCGAAUUUCCAGACAUCUAAAAUGUUCGUUUCUGGUGGAAUGGCUGGCGAUGUUAUACUGUCUCAGAGAAAUUGGUUGGGAAACAGAAUCGAUAUUGUUUUAAAUAAGAGGAAGAAAAGGAAUAUCAAGAAAGAUGAUCUAUCCUCUGAUAUGAAGGGCCCAAUUAUGGGAAUAUAUACUUUGGGUGACCUUAUAUUAUGGAUGGAUGACGAUGGGAUUACAUUUUGCGAUAUCCCUACAAGGUCACAGCUUUUGAACAUUCCAUUCCCUUCAAGAAUUUUUAAUGCUCAGAAUGUUAGGCCAGAUCUAUUUAGACCUCACGUCCAUUUCUUAGAAAGUGACCGUAUUGUUAUCGGAUGGGGGUCUAAUAUUUGGCUAUUUAAAGUUUCAUAUACCAAAGAGUCAAACUCGGUCAGAUCUAGCGACUCUAAUUCUCAAAGUAAUAACAUGGGUCAUUUCAACCCUACUACAAAUCUCGGGUCUCUCCUGUCUAGUGCUGCUUCAAGUUUUAGAGGGACACCAGAUAAGAAAGUUGAGUUGGAAUGUCACUUCACCGUGUCAAUGCUGAUUUCGGGGCUUGCAUCAUUUAAGGAUGAUCAGUUAUUAUGUCUGGGAUUUGAUUUAGAAAUUGGAGAGGAGGGAGCUAUCCAAGAAAAUAAGGGAGGUUUGACUUUUGGCACAGGACCGGAAAAUUUAUUGCUUAGAGGAAAUGCUCCGGAUUUGAAAAUCGUUGAUCUUUUUAAUGGUGAUGAAAUAUAUAAUGAUGAAGUAAUUAUGAAAAACUAUGAAAAACUAUCUCUAAAUGAUUAUCACCUUGGUAAACAUAUAGAUAAAACGACGCCAGAGUACUAUUUAAUUAGUUCAAAUGACGCUAUUAGGGUCCAAGAAUUGUCAUUGAAAGACCAUUUUGAUUGGUUUAUAGAGAGAAAACAAUUUUACAAAGCCUGGAAAAUUGGAAAAUAUGUUAUUGGAUCAGAAGAAAGAUUUAGUAUAGGCUUGACAUUUCUCAACACCUUAAUAGUUAAAAAGGAUUGGAGUACAUUGGUCAAUCACUUGAAUAUAAUCUUUGAAGAAACCUUAAAUUCAUUAGAUUCCAACUCAUAUGAUACUAUCAAUAAGGUACUGAAAGAGUGGGCAGAUAUAAUAGAAGUUUUGAUUAAAUCAGGAAAAAUUAUAGAAAUUGCACCUUUAAUUCCGAAAAAACCAGCUCUAAGAAAGUCAGUAUAUGACGAUGUGUUACAUUACUUUUUAGCUAAUGAUAUGAUCAAUAAAUUUCACGAAUACAUUUUUAAAUGGGAUCUAAAGCUUUUUUCUGCAAAAGAUUUCGAGGAAGAGCUAGAAACGAAAAUAGAGACUGCCAGUAAACCUAUGGCUAUCUGUGAUGAAGGAGAAUAUAAUAUUACCUAUAGAACAGAAUUGGUUCAUUUAUAUUUGAAAGAGAAUAAAUAUACAAAAGCUAUACCGCACUUAUUAAAAUCCAAAGAUUUAAAGGCUUUGACUAUUAUAAAAUUACAAAAUUUGUUGCCGCAAUACCUGGAUCAGAUAGUUGAUAUUAUUCUUCUACCAUACAAUGGCGAAGUUUCUCAUAUCCCUAAACUAUCAAUAUUUGAAAUUCAAACAAUUUUUAACAAACCAAUUGACCUGUUAUUUGAGAAUAGGCACACUAUACCAAUUGAUAGAAUAUACAAAAUAUUCGAACACGAUUGUCCCAAAAGUUUCAACAAAAUUUUAUUCUGUUAUUUAGUGAAAUUUUUGGGUACCGACGACUCAUUCAUGAUAAAUCCCUAUGAGAAUCAACUAAUUGAACUUUAUUCCGAAUACGACCGCCAAAGUCUUCUAUCUUUUUUGCAAAAACACAAUAACUACAAUGUGGAGGCUGCCAUUGAGGUUUGUUCCUCAAAAACGGGCUUAUACAAUGAAUUGAUCUAUUUGUGGGGGAAGAUUGGCGAAACAAAGAAAGCAUUAUCUUUGAUUAUUGAUGAGUUGCGAAACCCGCAAUUGGCUAUAGAUUUUGUUAAGAAUUGGGGUGAUUCGGAUCUUUGGGAAUUUAUGAUUAAUUAUAGUCUUGAUAAACCUAAUUUCACAAAGGCAAUUUUAACAUGCUCUGAUGAGACUAGUGAAAUUUACUUAAAAGUGAUUAGAGGCAUGUCAAAUAACUUGAAAAUUGACAACCUACAGGAUAUUGUCAAGCACAUUGUCCAAGAAAAUUCAUUAAGUUUGGAAGUUAGAGAUAAUAUUUUAGUGAUCAUUAACGAUGAAACGAAUAAAUAUGCCGAUGAGUUUCUGAGAGUAAGAAGCCGGGGCAAAGUAUUUCAAGUCGAUGAAACUGAUAAUGAUAUUAAUGGCGAUUUACAUAAUUUUUCUUAA